CACAUCAUGUGAUCGGUUCGCUCGGGCUGCGUGGCAGCCCUGCAGCAAAAGCAGCCCCGGACGUUUCCUGGUUGGCUGCGGAGGAUGUCGGUCGUGCCACCCUGCUGGAUGUGAAGAGCCAGCCUGGGCUUCUUUCUCCCCGGUCUUUUCUGAUCCAACCUUGGCACGGCGCCAGCGUAACGAUGGGGUUCGGGAGAGCGAGCCUUUGGGGUUUCUUCGUCUUGCAGAUGGCAAUUGGGGCGAUGGGCAGCCAACCCUGCAGCAAAAAGUAUUUUGCCCAGGAUGCCAUGGUGUGCGUUUGCAACCGCACCUACUGUGACACGCAGGACCCUGUCUCUCUCCCGCCCACCGGCUUCUUUGUCAAGUAUGAGAGCAGUAAAUCCAGCAGCCGGAUGGAACGCAGUGAAGGGAAAUUCCAGGAUAAGACAGUCACCCCAGACCUGGUUCUGGUUCUGGAGACGACCCAGCGAUAUCAAAUCAUAAAAGGGUUUGGGGGCUCCGUCACCGAUUCAGUUGCCAUCAAUAUCCUCUCUCUGACGCCCAACACCCAGAACAAUCUUCUCCGUUCAUACUUCUCAGACAAAGGGAUCGAGUACAACCUCUUGCGCCUGCCCAUGGCAAGCAGCGACUUCUCCACACGGACUUACACGUACGACGACUGGCCCUACGAUUUUGAGCUGAAGAAGUUCAGCUUGGUCGAUGAGGACAUCAAGAUGAAAAUUCCUCUUGUUCAUCGUGCCAACGCUAUGUCCAAGAGACCCAUCUCCUUGGUUGCCAGCCCGUGGACCUCCCCGAUUUGGAUGAAAACCAACAACGACUGGAAAGGAAAGGGCUCCCUCAAGGGGAUAGCUGGCGACCGAUACCACAAGACGUGGGCCAACUAUUUCGUCAGGUUUCUGGACGAGUACGCCAAGCAGAAUUUGACCUUCUGGGCGGUGACGGCUGAAAACGAGCCGACAGCCGGGCUAAUUAUCAACUACCCCUUCCAAUCCCUGGGAUUCACGGCUGAGCAGCAGCGUGACUUCAUUGCGCUGGAUUUGGGCCCCGCUCUGGCCAACAGCUCCCACAAGGACAUCCGCCUCAUCAUCCUCGAUGACAACCGGGUGCUUCUGCCCCACUGGGCCAAGGUGGUGCUGAGUGAGGACAGCAAGGCUCGGCAUUACGUCCACGGCAUUGGCUUGCAUUGGUACCUUGACUUCAUCGCCCCCAUCACCGACACAGUGGCGACCACCAGUCAGCUUUUCCCAGAUUACUUCUUGCUCUCCACUGAAGCCUGUACUGGGUCACACUUUUGGGAGAGGGACGUGAUCCUUGGCUCCUGGGACCGGGGGAACGCGUACAGUCGCAGCAUCCUGGCGAACCUUAACAACCAUGUCACAGGCUGGAUUGACUGGAAUCUGGCCCUGGACUUGGAAGGGGGCCCCAACUGGGUGGAGAACUUCGUGGACAGCCCGAUCAUUGUGGAUGCAGGCAAUGACGUCUUCUACAAGCAGCCCAUGUUCUACCACAUGGGGCAUUUCAGCAAGUUCAUUCCAGAAGGCUCCCAGCGUAUUGGGCUGACGGUCAUGCAGAACUGCCUGGGGUGCAGCCUGGAGCACGUGGCCGUGCUUCGCCCCGACGGAUCUGCCGUGGUCGUUGUCCUCAACCGCUCUGGGUUCAACGUCUCCUUUGGCAUCUCCGACCAGGCUGACCUUAUUGUGACCAUGAUCCCUGCCAACUCCAUCCAGACUUAUCUGUGGAAGCGCCAGUGAGGACAAGGCCCUGAGUUUUGCACCCAUGGGGGGAAGGCGAGAGAAUUAGGCCACCCUGAGGAGUGGGGCUGAACUUCACUCAGGUUUUUCCCCCAUGCUUGGAAACUGUAGCCUUGUUCAGGAUGGUGCAUUGUCCACGUCUGGUUUGAGGCCUGUCUUGUUGACUCUUCAGUAUAGUGGGCCUAGUGAUGGAUUUGUCAUCGUCCAGGCCUGGUUUGGGUCCUACCUUGUUGACUCUCCGGUACAACGGUUCUAUCAGUGGAUCUACCAUUGACCAGGCCGGGUUGAGACCUACUUCGUUCACUCUCCAGUAUAGCAGUUCUAGUGGUGGAUCUACCAUCGUUCAGACCUGGUUUAGGUCCUACCAUGUUGACUCUUUCGGCACAGUGGGCCUACCAAUGGAUCUACCAUUGACCAGGCCUAGUUGAGGCCUUUCUCGUUGACUCUCUGGUAUAGCAGGCCUAGUGGGUGUAUCUACCAUCAGCCAGGCCUGGUUUGCGUCCUACCUUCUUAACUUUCUAAUACAAUGGAGCUUACCAAUGGAUCUACCAUUUCCCAGGCCUGGUUUGGGGCCUACCUCAUUAACUCUCAGUACAGCAGACUGAGCGGCAAAGUCCUUGGCGUGAGAGUAUAUUUAUUCACGUGUCAUAUCUCUGCUGAUAGGCAUUUUACUGUAUUUGCAAUGGCCUAUGGCCACAAGCAAUAUAUAUUGAUUAGUUUGGAAAUAAUCUAUAGAGCCUCACAGCUUCACAGCCUAACCUACCUCACAGGCUUGUUGUGAGGGUAAAACUAACCCCACGUACAAGCUCCUUAGAAGAAGAUAUGCCUGAGAUGUAUUCUUCUGAUUGUAAAAUGUGUUAACCGAUUUUGAAAUUGUAUUUUCAUGUUGUUGAUGGGCUGGGGAGAGGCCUGAAGAAAACCACUCUACAUGUGUUUUCUCGCUCAGCACCAGAAGAGGAACGUGCUGAGGCCAAGCGUGCCCAGACUGCUGGGAAAAAAUGAAGAAGGCCCCAUUGGAUGGGUGCCCAGUCACAAGAGGAGAGCAAUAUGUUCUCUGUUGCCUGCUGGUUAGGAGCCUGUUUUGUUUUUUUCCUUGCUGGACUGAACUGGCAUUAAACAAUUUGACAAUU